AAUUCCGAUCGCAAAACACGAUUGAGAACUUCUGCGCUCAAUCAACAAUAACACCACCUCUCUUUUACGCUUUCACUGUCGGUGACCUCAGGAGUCAAUAACCCCUCGCCAAAAUGGGUGGUCAAGUUUCCAAGUUAAUGGGGAAGAUCUUCGGAACGAAGGAAAUGCGGAUUCUGAUGUUGGGUUUGGAUGCUGCUGGAAAGACGACAAUCCUUUACAAGCUGAAACUCACGAACCAGGAGGUCACGACCAUCCCCACUGUUGGGUUUAACGUCGAAAGUGUAACCUACAAGAAUGUCAAGUUCAAUGUGUGGGAUGUCGGUGGCCAGGACAAGAUCCGGCCACUGUGGAGACACUACUAUUCCGGAACGCAAGGCUUGAUCUUCGUCGUUGACUCCAGUGAUACGGCCCGGAUGGAGGAGGCUCGUUCCGAGCUUCACAAGAUCAUCAAUGAUCGCGAAAUGAAGGAUGCUCUUCUCCUAGUGUUCGCUAACAAACAAGAUAUUCAAGGCCAUAUGAGCCCCGAAGACGUUACCAAUGCGCUCCAACUCAACAAGCUAAAGGACAAGCUAUGGUAUGUCGCGCCUAGCGUUGCUACCGAGGGUACUGGUAUCUUCGAAGGACUUGCUUGGCUUUCCAACAACGUGAAAACGCCGGCCCAAAAAUAA